UUCUUAAAUAGGUAUUGUUAUUUUAUUGUUGUCCGGAAUGAUAUGUCAGGAAUGCCUAUUGAGUGAAAUUAUUUGACGGUUUCUGUUUAAUAUUUCUUUUAAAAAAACUUUUAGAUUGUUUCAUUGAAUACAUGUUGGAAAGGACACUAUGACCCAAUUCUCAUUUUUUUAAAGAAAUAUUAUACCUACUUAACAGAAACCUCCAAAGUAGAAAUCUAGAAUGCUAUACGAUAACCAACUAAUUAAAUCCUGUACCGUUAUUCAAAACCUUAAAUUAUAAUGAGAGCAGCGCUCGUUUUUCGUACCUUUAAAAUAAACAUGUCACAGAUAGGAAGGUUUGAAAUUUGGGUGUUUCUUUGUUCGACAACUUACCCUAGUGUUUUUGGUUAUCGCAUAAGCACUGGAAUGAAAUGUUUGCUAAUUCAAACGUUCAUAUUUAUAAACUCCAAAACGCUGAAAACUGUGGUCACAACAUAGGUAGGUAUACAGAAGUAUCAUAGUAAGAUGGGGCUUCACCUAAGUAGUUGGCAUUUAUUUGUACAUAUUAAUUAUUCCUAUUUGAUUUUAGUUUGUUAUUUUAUUAGUGAUCAAGCCUUCUACAGCUCUAGUAAUUGCGAGUCGAGUAGUAAUGAGUAUAUUAUUAAAACGGCAGGGUGCAAUAUUACUAACAUAUCAGAUGAACAUGAGAUAACAGAAGCGAUGAGUGGCCCACCUGAAAGGGAUACCUGUGAUCAAGAAAAGCAGUUAUUGGACUCGAAUGCAACACAUAUUUGGAUCCUAAAAGAUAUGUUUUCAAUCUUCAAUAUCAGUGACGAAACCUUGUUAUCCUGCUGUUACAGGUUCUUUUUAGCAAAGAAUAGCAUAGAAAAUAUAUUAUAUAGUACGUGCAAAAAGUUCGUGACAAUAAUAAAAUCACAACAUGAAUUCGUGCGUGUAGACUGUUCCUAUAACGAUUCGGUAAUUUACAGUGAUUACUUUGUUUUCCUUAUUGAUGAAGCUCGACCAAGGACGCGGACGGCAAAACAUCAAUCUGCCUACAAUGUAAUCGUUCUGGGAGUGGACAGCGUGUCAAGAUUAAAUUUCGAAAGAACUAUGCCAAAAACGGCAAAGUUCCUUACAGAUAGAGGUGCGAUUCAGCUUAAAGGCUAUAAUAAAGUUGGAUAUAACACCUUUCCAAAUCUAUUUCCAUUAUUGACGGGCAGAUCUCUUAAUUCAUGUAAAAUAGAAGAGUGCAGUCUUCUAUGGCAGUUAUAUAAAAGUGCUGGAUACUAUACGGCUUUGGGGUCCGACAGCCCGUUGGGAACAUUGGGCCCUUAUGAGUACCGCUGGCCCACCAUUCCCACUGAUUAUUACUUACAGCCCUUUAUGUCCGAAUUAAAACGUGUCUUCCCACCUACAGACUAUGUUUAUAAUCGUCGCUGUUUAAAAGCUAAAGCAAUUUAUCAAAUAUCUUUAAAUUUUACUAAAGGACUAUUGCAGAAUCUUAAACAAAGAAACAAAUUGUUCGGUUUCUUUUGGGAAGAGUCUGUAAGUCAUGAUAUUCUAAAGAAUCCACAAAUCAUUGACGAGGGGUACUUCAACUUUUUUACUGAUCUGGAAAACAGUAAAAUAUUAGAUGAUACAAUUUUAAUAGUAUUGAGCGACCAUGGUAUGAGAUGGGGGGUGUUUUCUCAAACAGAACAGGGAAGUCUGGAAGGUAACUUGCCAUUAUUUUCUAUUCUUGUACCUGCGUCUUUUAGAAAAAGAUUUAAAGACGCAUACACAAAUCUUCUAGUUAACAGUGAGAGACUGACAACACCUUAUGACGCUUAUUGGACUAUGGUAGAUCUUAUACACCCAAAACGAUUGAAUAGUCAUAAUUUAAGGCUGAAAGAAAUAAAUUCUGAAAGUGAUUAUCAUUAUCACAGUUUAUUUUUACCGGUAUCUGCUUAUCGGACAUGCCUAUCAAUUGGUAUUGAGAAAGCUUGGUGCGCCUGUGACAUCACUACAGAGCCCAGUCCCACACUAACAGAAAUAAAAGCAGCCAACGUUAUUUUGAAAAGUAUUAAUAAAAUGUUAGCCGACUUUCCUAAAUGCCAAACGCUAACAUUAAGGACGAUAUUUGGUCAUACUAAGAUGAGAAGUGUUUUAAUAAGAGACCGGAUUUAUAAUUCUUACAAAGUAGUUUUUAAGGCAACGCCCGGCGGUGGGGUAUUUCAAGGGACGGUUGUGCGCCAGCCCAGUGAAUGGUUCGCGUUUGGUCCCAUCACGCGACUCAACAGAGACUCUGAAGACACUAGCUGCGUGGAACGUGAUCUGAUUAAGUUGUAUUGCGUCUGUCAUUAAAUCGUAGAUCAUUUAUUGCGAACCUUAUAAUAACUACGAGUAUGUAUGUACUUAGGUAUUAUUUAUUAAUUUAAUUCAGAAAUCCUAUGACAAUUCUACAAGGAAGGGUAUAAUAAAUAUCUUUAGAUCUAGCUAUUUGUGUUUGCGAGUAUGGUAAUAUUAUGAAUACAUUUUAUUAUUAUAAUAGGCUAGUUUCCUACUAGUCAAAUCAGCUUCUUUUUAUGAACUGUCAAAACGAUUUGCUAAAAUGAAAUACUGAGGAG